GCAUGCGCGCAUAACAUGUGACAUUUUCCACCAAAGAUGUAGACGUAUUUCACGUUUAUUUCUGGGACAAGGAGAAACGCAGAGUUGAAACGUGCGUUUUGAACUGCACCUUCGGUUGUAAUAGAAAGUUCCAGAAACAGCAUAUGCAAAAUAACAAUUCAUUUGUUAUCGACAACUUUCGUGAAGUGAAAUAAUGUCCGUCAUCGCAGAGGAAAAUGUCCGUGGCGGUAGUGUUUUCAAGGAGAUCAAUGCUGAUGAUGAAGACAGUCAACCCACCGAAAUCGAGAGUCUGUGCAUGAAUUGUUACCAAAAUGGAAUGACACGUAUUCUUCUUACGAAGAUUCCUUUCUUCAAAGAAAUUAUCGUCAGUUCUUUCACCUGCCCCAACUGCAGUUGGUCAAACACUGAAAUCCAAUCAGCUGGUCGCAUACAGGAUCAAGGCAUCACCUACACACUCAAUGUCAAGUCAAAACAGGAUAUGAAUCGAGAAGUUGUCAAAGCAGACAGUGCAACCACCAGAAUCCCUGAACUGGAUUUUGAAAUACCCCCAUACACACAAAAGGGCUCACUCUCUACCAUCGAAGGCCUCUUAGACCGUGCAGUUGCAGGGUUGGAGCAAGACCAGCCACUAAGAAAUGAAACUGCACCAGAAGUUGCUGUGAAAAUCAGUGAGUUCAUUGAUAAAUUGAAGAAGUUGAAAGAAGGUGAAAGUGGAUUCACACUGGUCAUUGAUGAUCCAUCUGGGAACAGUUUUGUGGAGAACCCCUUUGCUCCGCAGACGGAUGAGGCUCUCUCAGUCUGCAACUACACAAGAACUCCGCAACAGGACGCCCAGUUAGGAAUAAAGGCUGAAGACGAGGAGGAAGAGGAAAAGCCCAUUAAUGACAUUGACAGUAUGAGAAAUGAGGUGUUGACAUUUAAUACGAACUGUCCAGAGUGCAAUGCCCCAGCCUCGACAAACAUGAAGCUUGUCCAAAUCCCCCAUUUCAAAGAAGUCAUUAUCAUGGCAACAAACUGUGAUGACUGUGGACAUCGAACCAACGAAGUGAAAUCUGGUGGAGCCACAGAAGAGCUGGGCACAAAGAUAACCCUUCACCUCACUGACGUGUCUGACAUGUCCAGAGAUCUUCUCAAGUCGGAGACGUGUAGCAUCCUCAUACCUGAGCUGGAAUUUGAGUUGGGGAUGGCGGCUGUCGGUGGCAAAUUCACCACCUUGGAGGGACUCCUCAAAGACAUCAAAGAUCUGAUUGUUUCUAAAAAUCCCUUCACUUGUGGAGACAGCUCCACUUCAGAUCGAACAGAGAAACUUAAGCUUUUUGGACAGAAGAUUGACAAGAUCAUGGCGGGAGACAUGGAUGUUCACAUUGUUCUCGAUGACCCUGCAGGGAACAGCUAUCUCCAGAACAUCUAUGCGCCUGACCCAGACCCAGAGAUGACAACUGAGAAGUACACCAGGACCUUUGAGCAGAACGAAGACCUUGGUCUGAAUGACAUGAAGACAGAGGGUUAUCAGAAGUAAGGACUUCUGCAGCAGAAGGGUUGAUCUUACAUAAACAAUGCAUUCUUUGGAAAUUAAUUUGAGACAUUUGCACUCACUGAAGUUCACAAGGACAGAUGUCUUGCAGUUUUGAUAUUUGAGCACAAUAUGGUUGAAAAGUGAGAUCUUAUUUAAAAUAAAGCAAUCAAUAUGUUUAUAAUUUGAUUAGUAAAGUAUGCAUUUUUUUUGAGAAAUGCACUAAUAAUCAUGCAAUUGAAAGUGUUUUUGCAUCUGGUUGUUAAUGUGAUUCUGAUUCAGUGGAAUAGACUGGUUGAAUUGGCCUUCUACAUUUAUCUUGAUGUGUCCUGUUCAAUGGGAAUAAAUAAAGAAUAUACACUGGCUGCUGUAUACAAAUGAUUAUCGGCUUUUGUUCGUGUACCUUGCCUUGUAUAAAUACCUUAUCUAUAAUAAAACACUGCACUGCAUAAUUGCCCACA